AUGCAGCUCCUCGCACUUUUUCUAUUCCUCAUUGGCUUUAGUUCGGCUCAGAGGUCGCACAAAAAGCAGAAGUUCGUGCGCCUGCCCAGUGGGUUUACGUUUCCAGCCGACGCUGCUUCAAAUUUCCAGCGAGAUGCCUAUUUUCCAGCCACGUUCCAACCGCCUUCUGACCGGAUUCUGAAGAGCCCACCUAGAUAUUUGGCAGCUGAUAAUGGAAACUCGGCUCCUGCAGGUGGCCGGAAUUCCGACUUUGUUGGAGAUGGUGAAGGGACUCGGCAAGAGCCGACCGGAAUGAACUACGCUGAGUAUAAGAAAGCCAUGCAGACUGCUGCUCCAACUCAACCACCUCAGCCAAAUGAUAGCUAUCAAGUCACACCUCCUCCAUCACCGCCACCUGCCGAAAAUGGACCAACGCCACCAGCAAUGCCAACAGAAGCCGCUCCAUCAUCAACAACCACUGCUGCCACGAUGGGUCUCAGAUACACAAAUGUGAACGACGCCGCUCAUCAAAUUCAGAACAAAUAUUCUGGUCUUGACGCGAGCAAGCAAUCACAACUCAAAGGCCACACAUUCACAGCCCUCGGUGGUGGACAAUUCUAUCAAAGUCUUUUAGGACCGAAAAACGGCUUCUCGCUACUUUCCUACUUUCUCAAUAGCGGUUUUGCGAAUAGCGGAUUGAACAACGGCUUCUUCGUUCCAGUUCCUGUCGUAAUUCCGCCACCACCGCCACCACCACCCGGUCCCAAAUGCUUCACCAAUCCAUCGGGCUUUUUAUGCUGUAAUGUCACCCUGGAGAAAACGAUGGAGGAGGCGUUCAUUUCGGCAAAAGCCGAAGGUAUCUCAUCGUGUAAUGUGCAAAAGUUCGCCACUGCUGUUCAAGAAGUAACAACCAUAAAUGGAAACACGAAUGACAAUAAUUUCAGCAAGCUGAAAAAAAAAUUUGGAACCACGUUUGAAUCAAUCGCCGCUCACAAGGAUUUUGUGGCGAAAAUCAAUUUCGGCGGCGAUUUGAAUUGUAAAAUCGAAAUCGAUGGAAAAUUCAUUCUGGCGUACGCAACACCACAAACCGAAGAUGACGUAAAUAUUGUCGAUGCAAACUCCUUCUUCUCUGGAGCCGCAGAUAAGGAGCUCGAAGGGGUCAACGGCACGAAACCGACAUACAUCGUCUACGGACCCAUCAAAUAA